AUGGACCCCAACUCGAACUGGAAACAAGUUCAAACGUGUAUGGUGCUGUGUGGCACAUGGCCCGUGGAGUUACUACCGGAAAAAUACAGGGGGUUCUACAAAGUCGCCAAAAUAUUUCCGUCGUUAUUUUUCUUUAUAUUUAUGUUAAGUUUAAGUUAUGGUCUUUAUUUGGUUAUUAUACAGGGCGAUUUAGAAGACCUUCCGCCAACUAUAUCGCUGUACAUAACGUAUUUGAUUAUAUCAACGAAAACGCUUAUAUGUCAGUUCGGGGGCAUACAGAGGAUGAUUAAGUUGUACGUGGAGCAGGAUAUUUUUUUGGCCAAAACUAAAGACGAGGCCGUACUAAGGAUAAGAAACAAUUACAUAUGCAAAGCCAAGUUGUGCAUGAAAGCCUUUAUAUUUUACACGCCGUUUCUGAGCGUGGUAUUCACAUCAACGUAUUUUUUUAAGUACUACGUUUUUUGGGACAAAAACAAAGCUAAGGAUAUGGUUCGUCAACAGGUGUAUCAUUCUUAUUUGCCAUUUGACUCGAACGAGCACUACUUAUUGGGUCUGGCUUGCAAUGCUUUUUCCAGUUAUUUUAUCAUUCUUUUGUACAUUUCAAGCAGUGUUGUUCUAAUAAGUUUUUUAUUUUCUAUCUCUAUCAAACUGCAAAUCCUGCAGAAUUUUCUACGAAACCUUAACAAGUACGCCGGCAAUAUCAGGAAGAUUCAUAAGAGAUUAUCUAAAGAUCAGGCUGUUUUUGUUGCAGUUAGAUUAUGCAUUAUUGAGCAUCAAAAUAUAAUGAAGUUAGUUCUAGAACUAAACAGCUACAUCAAGUUUUUACUACUAUUGGAGUUUCUUGCAAAUUCUAUGCAACUUGCAGCAAACCUAUUGGCCAUCAUGGACCUCGAAUUUGGAGGAAUAUUUUUCUGUUUAUUCGUGUACUUAUUCCAAAGAUUUGCCGAAAUUAUGAUUCUACAUUAUACUGCCGACGAAAUAAAAUCACAGAGCCUCAAUCUGUCGCAAGCUAUUUGCGACUCAAACUACUACAAUUUCAACAAAAAAUCCAAAGAUUGCCUUAUGCUUAUGUUACUGAAUUUUCUAAGGAACCUCGACAAGUAUGCCGGCAAUAUCAGGAAGAUUCAUAAGGAAUUAACUGAAGAUCAGGCUGUUUUUGUAGCAGUUAGAUUAUGCAUCAUCGAGCAUCAAAAUAUAAUGAAAUUUGUUAUUGAACUAAAUGGCUACAUCAACAUAUUACUAUUUUUGGAAUUUUUUACCAAUUCCUUGCAUCUAGCUGCAAACUUAUUGGCUAUACUGGAAUUUGAAAUUUCAAUUACUUUUAUCUUUGAUGUAGUGUUCCUUACUCAAAAAAUUGCCGAAAUUAUGGUGUUACAUUAUUCUGCUGAUGAAAUUAAAUCACAGAGCCUAAAUCUGUCACAAGCUAUAUGCGACUCAACCUACUACAAUUUCAACAAAAAAUCCAAAGAUUGCCUUAGGCUUAUGUUACUCAGCCUCAAUCUGUCUCAAGCUAUUUGCGACUCAAACUACUACAAUUUCAACAAAAAAUCCAAAGAUUGCCUUAGGCUUAUGUUACUGAAUUUUCUAAGGAACCUCGACAAGUACGCCAGCAAUAUCAGGAAGAUUCAUAAGGAAUUAAAUGAAGAUCAGGCUAUUUUCGUAGCAGUUAGAUUAUGCAUCAUCGAGCAUCAAAAUAUAAUGAAAUUUGUUAUUGAACUAAACAGCUACAUCAACAUAUUACUAUUUUUGGAAUUUUUUACCAAUUCCUUGCAUCUAGCUUCAAACUUAUUGGCUAUACUGGAAAGCCUAAAUCUGUCACAAGCUAUUUGCGACUCAACCUACUACAAUUUCAACAAAAAAUCCAAAGAUUGCCUUAGGCUUAUGUUACUCUUUGGUGGCAUACAGAGGAUGAUAAAGUUGUACUUGGAGCAGGAUAUUUUUUUGGCCAAAACUAAAGACGAGGCCGUACUAAGGAUAAGAAACAAUUACAUUUGCAAAGCCAAGUUGUGCAUGAAAGCCUUUAUAUUUUACACGCCGUUUCUGAGCGUGGUAUUCACAAUAUCGUAUUUUUCUAAGUACUACGUUUUUUGGGAUAAAAACAAAGCUAAGGAUAUGAGCCUAAAUCUGUCACAAGCUAUUUGCGACUCAACCUACUACAAUUUCAACAAAAAAUCCAAAGAUUGCCUUAGGCUUAUGUUACUCGUUAGUACUAGAACUAAACAGAGCUCUACAUCAAGUUUUUACUACCAUUGGAAUUCCAGGCAACACACAGCAAACCUAGUAGCCAUCAUGGACAUCGAAUUUGGAGGCAUAUGUUAA